CGAGGCCCGGCCUUGCCCGGUGUUACCAAGGCGACGACCCGGCACCGGACGUGCGCGCCCUCCCGCGCGGCGACAGCCCUGUCCUUGCCUCCGCGCCCAGUGGGACCGGGGCUGGGCCGGGCUGACACGGGCGGGGCAGAAGGGAAGCGGGUGCCCGCCUCAGGUGUGCUUCCGUCCUAGGCCCGGCCGGUAGGACCCUGCGGUGCGUGCCUGUUCCUCAUUCUGCCCGAGGAGGCUGUGCCCGGGUCCGGGCCGGGCCGGAAGAGGUCCCAGAGAGCUCCUGGCCAGACAUAAUGGUUAUGAAAGCUUCUGUAGAUGAUGAUGAUUCAGGAUGGGAGCUCAGUAUGCCAGAAAAAAUGGAAAAAAGCAGUACAAACUGGGUGGACAUUACCCAAGAAUUUGAAGAAGCUUGUCGAGAAUUAAAGUUGGGAGAACUACUUCAUGAUAAGCUAUUUGGUCUUUUUGAAGCCAUGUCUGCUAUUGAAAUGAUGGAUCCCAAGAUGGAUGCUGGCAUGAUUGGAAACCAAGUUAAUCGAAAAGUUCUCAGUUUUGAACAAGCUAUCAAGGAUGGCACUAUUAAAAUUAAAGAUCUCACCUUGCCUGAAUUGAUAGGGAUUAUGGAUACAUGUUUCUGCUGUUUGAUAACAUGGUUAGAAGGCCAUUCGUUGGCACAGACAGUAUUUACGUGCCUUUACAUUCAUAAUCCAGACUUUAUAGAAGAUCCAGCUAUGAAGGCUUUUGCUCUGGGAAUCUUGAAAAUCUGUGACAUUGCAAGGGAAAAAGUAAAUAAAGCUGCUGUUUUUGAAGAGGAAGAUUUUCAGUCAAUGACUUACGGAUUUAAAAUGGCUAACAGUGUGACAGAUCUUCGAGUUACAGGCAUGCUAAAAGAUGUGGAGGAUGACAUGCAAAGAAGAGUAAAGAGUACUCGAAGUCGACAAGGAGAAGAAAGAGAUCCAGAAGUUGAACUAGAACACCAACAAUGUUUAGCAGUAUUCAGCAGAGUGAAAUUUACUCGUGUGUUACUGACAGUGCUUAUAGCCUUUACUAAGAAAGAGACCAGUGCUGUUGCAGAAGCUCAAAAAUUGAUGGUUCAAGCAGCAGAUCUUCUUUCUGCCAUUCAUAAUUCAUUGCAUCAUGGCAUCCAGGCCCAGAAUGAUACUACAAAAGGAGAUCAUCCAAUUAUGAUGGGUUUUGAACCCCUUGUGAACCAGAGGCUACUUCCACCUACCUUCCCUCGAUAUGCAAAAAUAAUUAAAAGGGAAGAAAUGGUCAACUAUUUUGCGAGAUUAAUAGAUAGAAUAAAAACUGUGUGUGAGGUUGUGAAUUUAACAAAUUUACAUUGUAUCCUGGAUUUUUUCUGUGAAUUUAGUGAACAGUCACCAUGUGUUCUUUCAAGAUCUCUGUUACAAACCACUUUCCUGGUGGAUAACAAAAAGGUCUUUGGAACUCAUCUCAUGCAAGACAUGGUGAAAGAUGCACUUCGGUCUUUUGUCAGUCCUCCGGUGCUUUCUCCCAAGUGCUACCUGUAUAAUAAUCACCAGGCAAAGGACUGUAUUGACUGCUUUGUUACUCACUGUGUUCGGCCAUUCUGUAGUCUUAUUCAGAUCCAUGGACAUAACAGGGCUCGACAGAGAGAUAAGCUUGGUCAUAUUCUUGAGGAAUUCGCUACCUUGCAGGAUGAGGCAGAGAAGGUUGAUGCAGCGCUUCACACCAUGCUGUUGAAACAGGAACCCCAAAGGCAACAUUUGGCCUGUUUAGGUACCUGGGUCCUUUACCAUAACCUUCGCAUUAUGAUACAGUAUCUUCUAAGCGGCUUUGAAUUGGAACUCUACAGUAUGCACGAGUACUAUUACAUAUAUUGGUAUCUCUCUGAAUUCCUUUAUGCAUGGUUGAUGUCAACACUGAGUCGUGCCGAUGGCUCUCAAAUGGCAGAGGAGAGGAUAAUGGAAGAGCAGCAGAAAGGCCGUAGUAGUAAAAAAACAAAGAAAAAAAAGAAAGUUCGCCCAUUGAGCCGAGAGAUCACAAUGAGUCAAGCAUAUCAGAACAUGUGUGCUGGAAUGUUUAAAACCAUGGUAGCAUUUGACAUGGAUGGCAAAGUACGUAAACCGAAGUUUGAGCUUGAUAGUGAACAAGUUCGGUAUGAGCACAGGUUUGCUCCAUUCAACAGUGUGAUGACCCCACCGCCAGUGCACUACUUACAGUUCAAGGAAAUGUCUGACCUCAAUAAAUAUAGCCCUCCUCCUCAGUCUCCUGAACUGUAUGUGGCAGCUAGUAAACACUUUCAGCAGGCAAAAAUGAUAUUGGAAAAUAUUCCUAACCCGGACCAUGAGGUUAAUAGAAUUUUAAAGGUUGCCAAACCCAACUUUGUGGUUAUGAAGUUAUUGGCAGGAGGACACAAAAAGGAAUCUAAAGUUCCUCCUGAAUUUGAUUUCUCUGCUCAUAAAUAUUUUCCUGUUGUGAAACUUGUUUGAGAGAGACUGGGAAGGUGGCCAUAAAAGGGCAGAGUCUACUUUCAGACCCCACUCUUAGAGGGCACAUGUACCAGGCUCCACAUCAUGGGAAGUGAGAUGGAUUUCUUAGAUAACAACUCAUUAUAAGGAAUACUUUUAGUUUGACAGCCUUAUAUGAUGUGAAUGAAAACUGCUGUUUUAAAGUGGUUUAUUAUGUUCCAUGGAAGAAACUAGUUUUAUUGAAUGCAUUGAUGAACGUUAUAUGGUUUUAUUACAGAUUUAAUCACAAAUCAUUUUUUAUGAAUGAUUGAGUGAAAAUAGUGUUUGUAAAGGUUAAUAAAUUUCUUGACCAAAAAAAAAA